AUGCGACUGUGCAAUGCAGAAUUUGCAGACGCCCAGUUGCUAGAUCAGGGCAUUUCCGUAGACAAUGCGCAGGCUAUCGCUAUUGUAGAGUCAAAUACAAUGUUUGGCGAUGAGCACUUCGUGGUCCCUCUACCAUGGAAGAAGAGUGUCAAUACCGGUAUGAGGAAAUACGUGUCAGCGCUCAUGAGGUUGAACGGCUUGAAGCGGCGCUUAAUUAAUGACGAAGCGUUACGGUUCCGUUACGCACAGACGAUGAAGACGAUUACAGAGAAGGAAUAUACCGUCUCAGUCCCAGAGGAACAGUUAUACUGCGGCUCAUCCGCGUUGGCACCUGCACAUCAUGCCAUACUGAACCCACAAAAGACGGAAAACUUGCGUAUAGCUUUGGAUUGCGCGGUCAAGCACAAGGAGCAUUCUUUGAAUGACAUGCUUUAUCAAGGUUCAGAUACCACUGCGAAUUUAGUGGGUAUACUUUUGCGAUUCCGUGGAAAACGUGUAACUGUUAUAUCUGACAUGGAAGAGAUGUUUAUGCGAGUGAGAGUGCCAAAAACUGGUAGAGUUGCUUUGAGGUUUCUCCGGUGGCCACAGGGUGACCAUCUAAAGGAUCCUGAGGAAUGCCAAAUGACAGCUUACCCGUUCGGUGCAACUUCUUUACCGUUUUGUGCUAAUUUUACCUUGAAGAGGGAUUCAAGAGAAUUCAGCAGUGGUUAUGGGCCUCUGAUGUUAAAAGCCAUAGAAGAAACAUUUUACGUUGUCGACCGUUUUGCCUCGUUCACGACAUGUGACGGGGCCGUACGUUUUUGCGAAGAAAAUCACGGAACUAUUGGAACGAUGUGGUUUUAA